CAGCAACCAGCUUUUCAAUUGCAGACGAUGACGGUAAACAAGUGCAAUUCGAACCUUUGCAUGCUAUAGACACCCCCUAGGAAGACCUGCUCGCCAUCUGUGCACGUUGACGCUGCCUUGUCAAUCCGGCGCCGACUGGAAUCCAUACCCCCACUGAAGCUCGGCCCGCGUCAGGUCGACCGCUCCUGCCAGGUUGUGACUGUGUCUGUUUUCUUUUUGGCAGUCGCCACCUAGACCUUCAAGCAACUGUCCGUCAUGACCUCUCUAGAGCCCAGAAACCCAUAUACCGAGCAAGAAUUGCGCAAACUGUACCCAAGCGAGCUGCAGUUGCAGUUGGUGCAAGUGCUUCUGCGUCAUGGCGAACGAAGCCCGGUUUCUCCUCGUUUCCAGAACACGGGCCUUCGAGCCUACUGGCCGUACUGUAGUGCCGCUCGCCAAAUGCGCAGUCUCAUCCUCUCCAACCCAGAUAUGAGCCAAUGGGACGAACUGCAAUGGCGGAGACGUUUGGAGGUCUUCGGUGCCGAUGACGCACCCACAGUAGCUUCCGGGCCUACGGGCGAAUAUGACGCCAUAUGCCAGCCUGGAGAACUUACCGACAAAGGUCGCGAAACCACACUUGCUCUCGGAAGACGGCUUCGACAUCUCUACGUGGAACAGCUCGGAUUCAUGCCCAGGCUGAUAUCUGACGGGGACAUGAUUUAUCUGCGCGCAACGCCCAUGCCGCGAGCGCUCGAAAGCGUGCAGCAGGCUUUCUAUGGGCUCUAUCCCGCUAGUUCGAGAACCGCGGAUUUUCCCCCCGUCACAAUAUUGACGCGCAGUCCUGCAGAUGAGACGCUGUACCCCAACGACAGCGUUUGUCGGCGGUUCGCUCAACUUUCGCGGGCCUUUGCUCAAAGAACCGCGGAUCGAUGGAACGAGUCCGAGGAGAUGGACUACCUCAACAAAUUGCUGUCCAAGUGGAUGCCGGAAAACUCACCGCGCGUUGCUGUGGAUGGCAAGCCAAGGCUCUCUGGUAUCAUGGACACGGUAAACGCGACAUUGGCUCAUGGACCAACAACAAGAUUGCCAAAGGAGUUCUAUGAUAAGAAGGCGCGACAGAUCAUUGAUAAGAUCUCUGUUGAAGAGUGGUUUUCGGGUUACACGGAGAGUCAGGAGUAUAGGAAGCUUGGUAUCGGUUCGUUAAUGGGCGAUAUCGUGACGAGGAUGGUUGGAUCCGUAGAGCGAAAUGGCGGCGAUGGAAUUAUGGAGGUCGGCGGGAAAGAUGGAAACUUGGGUAAAGGGCGAGGAGGCGAAAAGAAUAUUAGAUUUGCACUGAGCGGCUGCCACGACACCACGCUCGCUGGAGUCCUCCAUUCUCUAGGUGCGUUUGGACAGGAGCCCUGGCCACCAUUUACCAGUCACAUCGCCAUCGAAUUGUUCCGUCAAAAAAACGCGGAAGGGAGCGCCGUGAGUCAACUUCCUGGGGACGAGAAGACGGCGAAGUUAGAGAUGAAGCAGGGAUGGUGGAGCAGAUGGUUCAAGACGCCUCGGCCAGAGUCAAUUUCAAGACGGACGUUAGAUGAAAUGAGCUCAGAUGAAAGGAAAAAAUUAGAAGGAUAUUACGUCAGACUGCGUUACAACGAUAAAGUUAUGCAGAUACCUGGAUGUAAAGAGGUCGGGAAACAUUUCGAGGGUGAACCGAGCUUCUGUACGCUGGUGAGUGCCAUCGUAUCAACUUUUGAUCUGAAGCUAUUCUAUCAUAACGAACAUUUCUCGGGGCUAACGUGGGGACCAUGUUAGGAAGCGUUCAAGGCCAUCGUUGAUAAAUACACCCCCAGAGAUUGGAAGGUUGAAUGUGCAAGCAAUCUCAAUCAGCCGGCUUUCCCGACUGAGAAACAACCAGCCGGGUAUUAGAAGAACACGGAUGUGCAUACGUGGAAAUUAUAGAGGGCCUGGAAAUUGCUCAAGAUGCCUGCUACACACACAUGUAAUUCACCCACAUAUGUUUUUCCAUAUUGCAUAAGGACGAUAAGACGCGUUGGUACGUUCAAAAAAAUGUUGCAUAGAGUUCGUUCGUCAUCGUCGAUUCCUCGUCGAGGUGACAAGGAGGCCUGAGCGUGUAUGCGUGUCAAGCGCAAAGAUUGCUUGUGGGCCUAUGUGGGGGCAGUGUAGAUCAAAUAAUAGAUGAAGAUCCUUCUCAAGA